UAUUUUUCUUAUGUCUGUAGUCCUCUUCUCCCUCUUUCUUUUUGCUGUGAUGUAUAGAUAGUUUCAUUUUUGGCUUGUUGUAUACAUUAUCCUAUCCCCCAAUUCCCAUUUCCAUUUUGGCCUUAUUGAUUUGCGUUGCCUUCCCUUUUGAGUAGGGAGGGACUGAGAAUUACCUGAAUGCAUCAUCACACCACCAUAUCCUUCAAACCUUCAUCCAAUGGCUUGUUCUCUCUCAAUCCUCCUCCUAUAUUCCAAAACCCUAGUUUUGUAAUUCGCCCACUCAGAAACAAGCUUCGUUAUUCCAUUCUCAAUUGCCGAGGCAUUGAAAUUCCUCUCCCUAAACUCCGCCCGCGCCUUAACUCUAUCAACAAUGGCUCUACAAAAUUCACAAGUAUCGCUGCUGCUGUCAAAGAUGUUGAUAUUGCCACUCUUGGGAAUCUAUGUGUCGAUAUUGUUCUCAAUGUCCCGCAAUUACCUCCUAAGCCUUUAGAACAACGAAAGGCUUAUAUGGAACAGUUGUCCAAAUCCCCUCCCGAUAAGCGGUACUGGGAAGCUGGUGGAAACUGCAAUGUGGCUAUAGCAGCAGCAAGGCUUGGCCUUCAUUGCAUCUCCAUUGGUCAUGUAGGUGAUGAGAUCUAUGGACGGUUCCUCAUUGAUGUGCUUAGUGAUGAGGGUAUUGGUAUAGUUGGGAUGAAUGAGCAUAGUGAAGCGCUUAAUCUUUCAAGUUCUGACAAUGAAACACUACUGUGCUGGGUUUUAGUGGACCCUUCGCAGAGACAUGGUUUUUGCAGUCGUGCAGAUUUUAGUGCAGAUCCUGCUUUCAGUUGGAUGAGCAGACUAUCUACUGAAGUAAAGAUGGCUAUUAGAAAAUCAAAGAUCCUCUUUUGCAAUGGUUAUGACUUUGAUGAGCUCUCCCCUAGCCUUCUUGAAUCUGCUCUUGAGUGUGCUGUGGAAUCUGGGACAUCUAUCUUUUUUGACCCUGGACCACGAGGUAAGAGUCUUAUCGCUGGAAGACGUGAAGAACAAAGAACAAUUGGAAAGUUGUUGAGGAUGAGUGAAGUGCUUCUACUGACUUCCGAGGAGGCUGCAUCUUUAACUGAUAUCAAUGAUCCAAUUUUAGCGGGCCAGGAGUUGCUCAAUAAUGGAGUUUGUACUAAGUGGGUAAUUGUUAAGAUGGGUCCGAAGGGUUCAAUUUUAAUCACCAAGUCGAGCAUAACGUGUGCACCUGCUUUCAAGGUCAAUAUAAUAGACACUGUGGGCUGUGGAGAUAGUUUUGUGGCUGCAAUUGCAUUUGGCUUCAUACAUGACUUGCCCUUGAGUUAUACAUUAACCCUGGCAAAUGCCGUGGGUGCUGCAACUGCUACGGGAUGCGGUGCUGGUAGAAAUGUUGCCAGUUUGGGGAAGGUUCGGGAACUAUUGAAGGAAUCAAAUUUGAAUGAGGAUGACAAGUUUUGGGAUGAAGUACUGAAUGAUAAUGUGAACUCCCGGGAUUUAACUAUACUGUCAAACAUGGUUGUAAAUGGUAACAGUCAGGUGAACCGUGUCUCCCUUCAAAAGGUUGUAUCCGAAGUGCUACCUAAGCUUGAAUUUUCACCAAAGAUGACUGGCUCCUUCAAAUAGAUGAUGCAGUUUUCUUGGACAAUUAGAUUUUGUAGAUGUUACCACCAUUCUGAUUGUUGCAUAUUCACGACCAUGGAAAGAAAUACAUGAGUUGGAGGUGGUCUAGCUUGCGCAUUAUGACAUGCACAGUUGUAUUAGGGUUGCUAUCUUACUGGUGGUCGAAUUGACAGUUUUGUUGAUAGAAGUGUCCAGAUACUAUCCAUUGAUCUGCUUGCAUGCAUGGAAGAGGGAUUGGCAGAUAGAUUGAGCGUUAGUGUUUGCGGGAAAUUGCAUGAUCAAGCAGCCUGUGAUUCCUGCUUGUUGAAGUUUCUGAUUUCUUGUUCAUUGAAGGUUACACUAAACAUACAGAAGGCAAAGUGGGCCAUCUGUUUUACAAUGGAUGCCAUAAGCCAUAUUUUUCUAGUUUAGGAUGUUCUGUAGAAGAUACAAAUUCAUAUUUGCAACACGAAGGCCACUUUCACCAUUUGUGAUGAGAAUAGUUGGACACAAUUUGUGUAUCCUUUCCCAUUAUAUGCCUGUUGAGAUUGCAACUUAACUUGCAUCAUUUGUGCAAGAUGAGCUAGUUCGCCAUUGACUAAGUAGAGGCAUUUUGUAACCCCUGUUUAAGUGAUGGCAUAAGUUCAUAAAACUUUGUUAGUCUAGUUAUUUCAGACUCAACUUUCAAUACACGCAUGAAGUUUGGCAUAUUGUUUGUGCAAGCAAACUUUGGACAUGCAUACUUGCAUGGUUUUUUGUCAUAUUUGGUUUCUAUUAA